CAUACAAUCCCUGGAACUUCGGCCGAUCAGUGUGAUGCCGAAACUACCCGACGCGAUACCUAGUACAUACAUAACACGGACACGAGUUGUUAAAGGUCUGUACAGCAGAAAAUCACCAUAGUUCUGCGGCCGCUCGAAGGCAUGGCUUCUCGGGACCAUUCGUCAACAUCAGACUACUCCGCAUCGAACUACAACCAGACAGCAGCAUUUGUGUAUUCUGCCGAGUACACUGCACCCAUUUUAUCCCUUCUGAAACCUUCUAUUGGCGAACGAAUUGUUGACUUUGGAUGUGGGACCGGGGAACUGACCUUGCAGAUCCAAGAAGCUGUUGGUGCGAAUGGAUUCACUGUUGGAAUUGACUAUAACAAUGACAUGAUUUCCAAAGCUUUGGUGAACGGGGUUAGGCAUGCCUACACGUCUGACCUUCAAAACCUUCAAAUACCUGCUCCUGUGUUGGAGAAUUCUUUCGAUGCCGUCUUCAGCAAUGCCGCACUACAUUGGUGUAAACAGAAUCCACGAGGAGUUCUGGAUGGAGCAAAACGGCUGCUUAAGGUCGGUGGGCGUUUUGUAUGUGAGAUGGGUGGGUUCAUGAAUUGCAUCGGAGUUCGGAUUGGUCUUCACCGUGCUGUCAAAAGACGCGGUUACGAGCCCGAUCAAAUAGAUCCCUGGUACUUUCCGACAAUCGAAGAAUAUCAAGGGUUAUUGCAAAGCGCAGGCUUCCGUGUCAAUACCAUUAGUUUGGUUCCAAGGAUGACACCACUGCUGGACGGCGGACUCCGCGGAUGGCUACAGCUGUUCGCGCGUCAAACGUUCCUGAAGGAAUUCAGCGACCAGGAGGCCGCCGCUAUCAUAGACGAGGUUGUUGAUAUGUGUGAAGUUGAUAUGAAGGACAAAGAGGGGAAUUGGGUUCUCAUGUACGUUCGAUUGAGAUUCUUAGCAACCCUUGAUAGCCCUUGAUGGAAUUGUAACUGAAGAACGUCGAUGUGCAAAGUUGACCGUAAAGAUGUAUGUAAUUAUGGCGAAUAUAAUUCCUCAGUUCCAUGAA